ACCUACCAGGAUUUUCCAUGGACAUACAACUACGUGUGAUGUUGCCGCAUUCAGCGCAUUCUCGUCGAUCAGAAUGAAACGCAAAUGAUGAGCGCCAUGGUGGAGUCGGAACCUGUUGUUUGGAACUUUACGCUCAAAUCAGACAACAGCACGCGCGCUAACGAGACAGUAGCAGGAUAUCCAGCAGAUGAGUAUUAUAAUAUUGUUCACGUCACAGAAACCAAAAUUCUUCCUGCAUUUAUUGGAUUUUUGUGCUCCACCGGGCUUGUUGGAAAUAUUCUUGUUUUGGUGACUAUUUUAAGGUCCGCAAAAAAGACAGUGCCAGAUGUGUACAUGGGGAACCUGGCUGUGGCAGACCUGGUCCACGUGACUGUCAUGCCAUUCCUGAUUCACCAGUGGGCACGUGGAGGACAGUGGGUGUUCGGCAGUACCCUUUGCACCAUUAUCACCUCUCUUGAUAACUGCAACCAGGUGGCGUGCGCUGCAGUCAUGACCGCUAUGAGUUUGGACAGAUACCUGGCCCUUGUUCAUCCAUUUCGUCUGUUGAGUCUCAGAACCAGAUCAAGGACUAUCCGUAUUAACCUGUUUGUGUGGGCGGCCUCCUUCAUCAUGGUUCUGCCGGCCUGGGUUCAUGCUAAAGUGAUCCGCUUCAGGGACGGUCUUGAGAGCUGUACCCUUAACCUGGUCUCUCCCAAAGAAUUGCUCUGGUAUACACUCUACCAGACUGUGACCUCCUUCUUCCUGCCAUUACCUCUGAUUCUCAUCUGCUAUAUACUGAUCCUUUGCUACUCCUGGAGAAUGUAUCGCAAGAACAAAAAGGCUCACAGGUAUAACACCAGCCUGCCUCGGGAACGUGUGGUCCGUCUCACUAAAAUGGUGCUGGUUCUGGUAGCGGUUUUCCUGGUCAGUGUUGGGCCAUACCACGUGUUGCAGCUAGUUAACUUAAGUGUACCACGCCCCUCAUUAGCAUACCACACCUGCUACUACCUGUCUGUGUGCUUAAGCUACGCCGCCAGCAGCAUAAACCCCUUCAUCUACAUUCUGCUGAGUGGACACUUCCGCCACAGGCUGGUCUGUCGGGAUGCACCCAGCAUGCCAAGUGUGGAACGGGAAAUCCAGGCCCCCCGCUCCAGUUUUUAAACUGAAUUCACACUGAAACACACAUUUACGCUGUAAAUGGAUGAAUCAAUCUUAGGCAAAGUACACUUGUU